GAUAAACCGGUUCCCACACAUGCGCCUCCCGACACAGGCACGGUAAGCGAAACCCGGUUUGCGAGGCGUUUUCUAACACAGAGUGAGUUGAUCCCCACCGCAUACCUGAUUCUCGGGGUUUCACCGGCUCAGACUAUGGACGAUAAGCAGCAGCCUGACUUAUCAGUAAAUAAGUCCAUCUAAGGCUGGAGACAGGGCUGCCACCGACCCCAUCUCCCUCCUUCAUGAGAAGGUCCAGCACUGGUCCAAAUCUCAUCAGAACAUCUCCUGGGCUGACGAACCAGACAGCCCGGUAGGGGAUGUGGCUUGAUGCCGUUAGUGACGAUGAUUGCCAGGGUGACGACAAGGGCACCCCAGAGGAAGCUGAGUGCCCGAUCUCCCCACAAGCCUCACCCACCUGCUACACACAGCGGAGUGAGGAGUUCAGGAAGCUCUUCAAAGACCUGCCAGAGUCUGAGAUGCUCGUAAUGGACUGCGCCUGCGCUCUCCAGAGAGACAUCUUGCUGCAAGGGCGGCUCUACCUCUCAGAGGGCUGGCUGUGCUUUCAUACCAAUGUCUUUCGGGGCACAACGCUGAAGGUGCCCUUGAAAAUCAUCACUGCCGUAUCCCGGGAGAAGACGGCCAUCUUCAUCCCUAAUGCCAUCCAGAUCUGCACUGACGCCGAGAAGUUCUUUUUUACAUCCUUCUCAUCGAGGGAGAAGAGCUUCCAAAGCAUCUUCAGGAUGUGGCAGAACACGCUUCUGGACAAGCCUCUGACCAAGCCUGAGCUCUGGCACAUGGUCCUGCUGCACUAUGGAGGUGACGUGGGCCUGAGCCGUGAGGACAUGGAGAACGUUCUGGUAUCUGAGGCUACGAACCAGACCAGCAUGGCAGCACGGGCAGCUGGAGAGGAGCAUGCUGGGAGACGCGAGAGACCCACCUCCCUCCGUAUCCUGCCAACCAGUUUGCCAUCAGGGGGCAGAGGUUCCCCAGCUGGAGAGGAGCCACAGUCAUCAUCUCUGUCUGGGGGGGGCUCCGUGAGCACAGAGGGUUCGCGUUCUCCUGCAUCCCGCCACCGGACUUCAGAUACACCGUUUGACCGGACCGCCCCAGAAAGGGCAUCCAAACGGUUGGAGGUGCCGUUGGACCGGACCGCCCCAGAAAGGGCAUCCAAACGGUUGGAGGUGCCUCUGGACCGGACCGCCCCAGAAAGGGCAUCCAAACGGUUGGAGGUGCCUCUGGACCGGACCACCCCGGAAAGGGCAUCCAAACGGUUGGAGGUGCCUCUGGACCGGACCACCCCGGAAAGGGCGUCUAAGCGCCUGGAGUCCCCUCUGGACCAAACCACCUCUGAAAGGGGGUCUAAACGUUCUCAUUCUCCUCUGGAUCGAUCUUCCUCAGAAAGGGGGUCCAAAUGCCCUGAGACAACUCUGGACCUUAAUGAUAAUGAGGAUCGUGUCACGGAGGGCAGCAGCUCAGAAAGUGUGGAAGAUGAUGAGUCUAUAUGUCCGGCCCCUGUCCAGGGUAAAGUGUAUAUAAACCGGCUCUUCCACUUGAGUGCAGAAAAGAUGUUUGAGCUGCUCUUUACAGAUUCUCCUUUCAUCCGGAGGUUCAUGGCAACCAGAAAGGUGACAGGUAUCACCUUCACACCUUGGCAGAAGAAUGCCUCUGGUAACAUGAAAAGAACACUAAACUACACUGUCACCAUCAAUAAUCCACUCAUAGGGAAGUCCACCACAGCCACGGAGACCCAGACCCUCUACAGGGACACGCAAGUCGGACAGCACUACCUGGUGGAAGCAGAGGUCUAUACCCAUGACGUUCCGUACCAUGAUUAUUUCUAUACACUCAACCGUUUUUGCAUCUCCCACAACUCCAAGCAUGAAUGUCACCUCAGGGUCUACACAGACGUGAAGUACAAGAGACAGCCCUGGGGUUUGGUCAAAUCCUUCAUUGCCAAGAACUCCUGGAGUGGCCUGGCGGACUAUUUCCGACAUCUCGAGGCGGAGCUGCUGGAGGAGGUGGAGUCGGUGCCGGUGGGUGGGGACAGCAAGGCAGGUGGUGUGCGACGCCGUAGGAGGACCUACAGCCGCUCGGUGCCAGAGCAUUUCAAAACCAGCAAGCAGUUUGGUGUGGAGGCAGAUCUCCAUCGGGACCGACUCUCAGGUUCCCUGGACAGGAAGGGCCCACAACGAUGGAACAUCGGCAUGAUUGUGGUGGCUAUGAGCUUCAUACUGCUCAUCCUGACUAUACUGAAUCUGAGCCUCUUCCUGAAGUUGUGGGCCAUGGAAGAUGUGGCCCAGCGCAUGUACCUCAGCACCAAGCAGCGCCUCAGGGAGAGGGUGGAGUCCAGUCUAACCCCAGAAGCAGAGCCCCGUCGGUAUCCUCCUCUCAGGGAUAUGGAGGAGACCCACUUGCUGAGGUCUGUGCUGCAGGACUCCAUUGACCUGCUGGAACAGCUGCGCAGCUCUCUGGUGCUUCUGCAGCAGAGCUUCAACGUACAGAAUGAGACCGGCCCCCCAGACUGAAGUUCCUCCUCUAGACUGAAGUCCUGCCUCCAUAUUUGAGCCACACAUUCAGGGUACAGCCCUGCCCCUGGAGAAGUGUGUAAUAUGGGUCUGCUGGUCUUCCAUGUCGUCCUCGAAUGAAGCGUGUUGUACGUAUUAUGACGAGUCAUAAAUGUCCCACGUCUUUUGUACUAUAACCUUCAGCUGAAGGUGUGUUUCUUGUAAACUGGUUCUGCUGGUGGAACCAGAAGCCGACACCAGCACUGGGCUUUGACUGUGAUCAUUUUAAAUUUUGAUUUAAUUUCUCAGUUAGCUUUUAGAUAUGGUAUUUUUAUUUUGGUGAGCACAGAGUAAUUUAGUCCAGUUGAAAUGGAGGCUGUGAUCCUCUGUGCUCCUAUCCCAUUUCUCACGCUUCUCUGAAGUGUGCCUAUGAUUUUAUACGUGAACUUUUUAAGAUGAAGGUCGAUCCUCCCUUACUGAAUUUUUAACGAGCCGCCGCCUCCGUCUGCUGUUUCUGUUUAACCGUCUUGUUUCUGUGUUUGUCUGCAUUGGGAGCGUGCGUGUUUAUUUCAGUUCCAUAGUUAAAUGUGACCCGUGCUGUUGACCCACUGUGACACCCGCCCAUUGCUUUCUAAUAAAGGUUUUCGCAUC